AUGCCUAGUUUCAAUCGACUACCUUUCGAGAUAAAGCAAUUGAUUGUGAAGGAGGUAUAUCUUUCAGAUAUCUCGAGCCAUGUUGAAGAAAAUGUCCCAGUAUUUUUUCGUAAGGACAAUUUCUUUACACCCAGUGAUUUUAAAAAUGGAGUGGCUCCUACACAGAGCUCGAUAGCGUCGGUGACCUUGGUGAACAAACAAAUGCACAGCAUCUGCAAAGAAUUCCUUUGUCGAGUUCUAGAUCUCCGUGGCCUGACUGCCAAUGAUAGAAGAAUAUACGAAGACUUGACAACCCAUAUCAACCGGUACCAGCAGUACAUCCGGUCAGUGAUAUGUCCACUCAUCGCAUUCCAACAAGCCUGGCUUGAUUACCACAAAGAAAUGUUGGGACAUCAAAAGUCGGCACUCGAAUGGGCUGAACGGGUCAUACAAACUUUGGACACACUUGCAAAGAGCACCACCAUCAAAAAGAUAGAGUUGAAUCUUGCCUUCCUUCCGCCAGCGCAAGAUUCAAGUAAGCCAAUUAUCCAUCACCCAUUGACUCAACAGACCCUUGAUUGCGUAUCAAAGUUUCAAAACCUCACCACUUUUGGUAUCACCACCGAUACACACUUGAAAGUUCCAGAAGACAUGGUUUUAAGCGCAAUCGGACAAAUGACUCAUCUGGAAAGUAUCUCAUUACACAACAUUUCAAAGAGGAGUUCAGAAUUAGAGCUCCUUCAUGCUGAGCUUGGGCCCAGUGACACUGACACUGAUACAACCAUUCACCCAGAAGAAUUUAUCUUCACGCAACUGACACAUUUGGUGCUAUCAGGCUUCAGUCUAGAAGAGGAUGUCCUCUUUUUAUUCAAAAGCUGUCCACUGGUUAUGAAUGCAAGUAUCCAUUCUCCAAACAUAAGGGCACAUAGUGUAACAUCAUUGAUAAAAUAUUGGCCUCAACUUUCUACUCUGGAUGUCAAUGUGCGAGGAGGGAAAGGAAGCAUAGAUCUGAUUCUUUAUUGCUCUAGAAAUGGUAUUCAGCUGGAUGAAGCAUUUUACUAG